AAGGCUACUGGCUAUCUCAAACUGGAAAUACAGCCGGCCACAUCCACGUUCGGGUCAAUUUAAAUUGAACAUCAUCCUAAUGAGAAACAUGUGAAUGAGUGCUAAAGCCACGAAGGAAAUGGGAGUAAAAAAACUAUGAAUCUUCAGUCAAUUUCAUAUCUCAUGGUCUGUGGACUGAUACUUGUGUUUGCUGAAGACAUUGAGGAUUCAGAAUUUCAUGAUGAAGAAUCUCCCCGUUCAAACCAGAUUGCUUAUAGACCACCAAAGCCUACUGGUGAUGUCUACUUUAUGGCCUCCUUUGACACUGAUGGUCUUGAAGGAUGGGUGAGGUCCGAAGCAAAAAAGGUCGACACUAAUGAGAGCAAAUAUAAUGGAAUAUGGGCUGUAGAAGAAUCUUAUGAUCAGAAAGUGCCAGGAAACAAAGGAUUGGUGUUGAAAUCCCAGGCCAAACAUCAUGCCAUUGCUGCCUACUUCCAGACACCCUUCCAUUUCAAAGACUUGCCCCUAAUUGUGCAGUACGAGGUACAUUUCCAGAAUGAAAUAGAGUGUGGGGGUGCAUACUUGAAGCUUCUCUCUGAAGAUGAUCAACUCGAUCUGAGCAAGUUCUUUGACAAAACCCCUUAUACUAUCAUGUUUGGACCAGACAAGUGCGGACAGGACUAUAAAUUGCACUUCAUCUUCAGACAUAGGGAUCCAGUGACGGGUGCAUAUGAAGAGAAACAUUCCAGGAAACCAGAAGUGGACCUCCAGAGUUACUUCACUGAUAAAAGACCUCACCUGUAUACAUUGAUUGUGAGACCUGAUAACAGUUUUGAGAUGCUAAUAGAUGAGAGCAGUGUGAGCAGAGGAAGCCUCCUGCAUGAUGUAACUCCCCCUGUCAAUCCUCCCAAAGAGAUCGAUGAUCCAAAUCAUCAAAAGCCUGAAGACUGGGAUGACAGGCGUCAGAUACCUGACCCAGAUUCCGUGAAACCCCAUGACUGGGAUGAGGAUGCUCCUCCCUAUAUUCCAGAUUCUACAGUCAUGAAACCAGAUAACUGGCUAGAUGAGGAGCCAGAGUAUAUUCCAGAUCCUAAAUCAAUAAAACCUCCAGACUGGGAUAUUAAUAUGGAUGGUGAAUGGGAAGAACCCAAAAUCCCAAACCCAAAGUGUAAGACUGCUGGCUGUGGAACCUGGAAACCUCCCAUGAUCCCUAACCCUGCCUACAAAGGCAAAUGGAAAGUACCAAUGAUUGACAAUCCCAAAUACAAGGGAGUCUGGAAACCUCGCAAGAUUCUGAAUCCAAAUUAUUUUGAGAAUACAAAGCCAUUCCGUAUGACUUCAAUUGCUGCAGUUGGGCUUGAGCUAUGGUCUCUGACCCCGAACAUAAUGUUUGACAAUUUUAUUAUAUCGUCUGAUGAGAGAGUUGUCAAGCAGUGGGCGGAAGACACAUGGGCACGAACAAAGGCAAUCUACGAUGCAGACGGACCUGGUUUGAUCAUGCGGAUGUUUUUGGCAGCAGACAAGCGCCCUUGGCUCUGGGGAGUCUACGUGUUCACUGUUGCUCUGCCAGUUAUUUUAUUCAUAAGCUUCUAUUGGCCAAAUAAGCGAUUUGGGCCCCCUGAUGAUUAUUAUUACAAGAAGACAGAUGAUGUGCAGCUCAAUGAUGAAGAAAAAAUAACAACAGAAGCACAGCCUCAAGAGUCAGAUCUCCAUGAUCAACAAGGAAAUGCAGCUAAAAGCAAUGACAGGAUCAAAGGAAGUAUCCUGUUAAAAACAAAAGACGACUUGGAGACUUCUUCACAGGCACAAGGGGGCGGUGGUGAACCAGAUCCAGGUCAGGUUUCAGAAGAGGCUGUGCGGUAUCGCAAGACAAUGCCAAAAUAAUGACCACUAGGAUUCAUGCUGUUUGGGAAGAUGAACUUCCACAUAAGGCAUUGAUCUGUUUAACAAAAGUCUUUGGGACACAACUGCUUGUUAGUGAUGCAUGCUGUGCAGCAGUUAUUAGAGGAAGGUGCUCUUUUUAACUUUGUAAUAUUAAAAUAAAUGUUUUAAUAUUUGCAUUUGUAAGUUUACUAUAUAUAAUGGACAGAGAUGGAGUUCUUCCACAGUGAGUUGUGAUAAAAUAAAACACAUUUUAUAUUGUUUGGAAUGAGAUGCACUUUUUUCAAUUUUGAUGUAAUAAGAAUUAGUAACAAUAAUUCUCAAAUAAGGUUAUUGCAUUAUUAUGUCAUGCUGAACAAUGUUCUUAAAUAUUCUGCAUCCUAGGCAAUAUUGUUUCUUCUCAUGCAAUAAACUAGAUUUCAUCUGCCAGAGAUUCCAUCUGAAUUCAGUUGAGAAAGCACCAUCUUGACCAAACUUGCUGUUAAUUUACAUUUUCAAACAUCUUCCUCAUUUUGAUGUAAUUGUCUCUAAUUAUGUCAUCAGGAUGUGAUCAAGACAGCAUUUUAUGACCUCACUUUAGCUGUCUGUAAUGGCAUUACAAAUUUCCAGUACAACUUUAAUACCAUAACCAUCUCACAUUUGCCCCUCCCACAAGUAAUGCAAUAUUUCUUGAACUGGAAUGUUUUAUUUUAAAAAACCUUUUCAGCUUAUGACGCCACAAACAUCAUAAUGAUCUAUUAUUGUUGAAAAGAGCUGUUGCUGAAGUCCCUUGUCUUGCACUAAUCUGGACAAACAGAAGAAUGUUAAAUUUCAUAUGAUCACAAUAGGACAAAAGCUUGUUGAUUUGUUUCCAUGAUGAUCUAUGGCAAUACCUUGGCCAAUCAAAAAAGCAACAAGGAAUUAACUGGACUAGUAACGUAAGUACUAAGCUGCAAAAGCAGUUGAGAUGCUGGGCGCCCUGUAACAAGUACCUCCUGAUUCCCAAAGCCUGUCUAACAUCUACAAAGCACAAGGAAUGUAAUGUAAACUCCCUACCUGCCUCUGAGUGCAGUACUAUCAACACCAUGCAGCAAAACAACAGCAGUCUAUCCAUGACCAAAAUUGUGGGCAGCUGUGUAUAGCAUACACAAAAUUUACUGCAAUGAAUUACCUAGCCUCCUCCAAUAGCACCUUCCAAAACUGCACCUUCCUCUACCUUUGAAGGACAAGGGCAACAGAUGCAUUGGAAUAUCACAACCAUACAGUUGCCUUGAAAGCUACAUGGUACCCUAACUAGGAACAAUAGUGUUGUUCCUUCACUGUCACUGAAUCAAAUACCUGCAGCUCUCUUUCCAACACCAUUGUAGGUGUACCUACACCAGAUGGAUUGAAUCAUUGAAGAAGGCAGUACACUACAAAUAGAACGAAUAGUGAUGUGCUAAAUGCUGAACUUGCCAGCAAUGUUUACACCUGAUGAAAGAACAGUAACCAGACUAAAAUACCAGAGUUUCAAAAGGACUGUCAUCAGAAUCUUCUCCAUGUAAAGAAGUUUGAAUGUAUGGAACAGACUUCCAGUGAGGCAAAUGAAAGCUGUGAAUGCAUGGUGGUGAUGGUGCUGCUUCAGACAGCAGAGUUGGUAAUUCUGCAUCAACGAUUCAACAGCUGGGCCAAAGCAAAGCCUUUCUCAUUCAGUUUUUUUUUUAAACAAUCUUGUAAUCAAGCGAUUUUGAAAUAAAUCAGGCCAAGUUGCUAAUCAACAAUUAUUUAGGGGCAAAGAGGGGUUUCGAUGUCUUGUGGUCUACAGUCUGGGUACAAAGUACUGUCUUGGUACGUUGGGCUAAUUUUGAGAUCUUCUGUCUCUCAAAUUAAUAAUCUAAAAAUGAAUCCUUUUGGUGCG